AUGUGUUGUGACGCCAGCAAAAUGGCAAUAUCGGCAUGCGCAUAUCUGAAGUGCGAAAACACUAAUGAGAUCACUUCAUUGAUUAGUGGAAAGAGCAAAUUAACACCAAAGAAGAUCCAGAAGACUAUCCCAUGCUUGGAAUUGCUGGCUAUCCUAAUAGGCCUGAGAAUGGCAAAAACCAUUCUUGAUUCAAUAAACGCUGAAAUCGUUUGCGUAAAAGUCGCCAGUGAUAGCGAAAUAGCGAAAUUGAAGGCUCUAACAAAGCUCAACCAGCAGAGUUGGCUUAUUCGAUGCAUAGAUAGCCUUGGAUCUUAUGAAUCUUACGAAGAAAUGGAAGACAAUAAACAUGUGAAUGUUGAAUCCACAAACAGGUCAGCGAAAUCAUCCCCUUCAAUCGCAGAUCUAGCUCGUUUCUCUCGCUACAGAACAGCUCUUCGAACAUUUUCAGUUGUUGGAAAAUUGCUGAGUAAAUGGGUAAAACGAUGUAAUUAUACCAAGUCAACAUCGAUUACGCUAAACGUACUCUCUCUAUAUACAACUGCAGAUAUCACUACUGCGAACGAUAUGGACACCUUUGAGAAACUCAUCUUAGCAGCUAUUCACGAAAACAGCAACGUGCGAAAAUUGCAAAAAAAAAAAAAAGAUUUCCGAUACAAAAGACUAUUAGAGACGAUGAAGGUGUCAUUCGAUACACGACACGUAUUCAAAACGCCAAUCUACCGUAUGACACAAAAAUACUAA